UGAGGGGAGUGUCAGCUGACUCGCUCUCUUUUUACUUCCUGGUGUCCAUGGCAACCAGGUCAUAAAACUCGUCAAUAAUUAAUGUGGACUUCUGAUUGUUUCUGUUUUGCGUAGACGACGUUUUCACUUGUUUCUCACAGAGUGUGGUAGAGCGAGGCUGAGCCCUGCAGACUUUGUCCUGCAGGAAGUUGUGGAGGUGGCAUGCCACCAGCACCACGACAAGCCAAGGAGCACAGUCGCACCAGUCAGUAAGUACAAACUGGGAGAACUGGGAAAGCCACAGCACUGGUGGGGUGUCCUCUGAGGGUGGGCGGCCAACCUGCUGAUCUGAGAACAGCUCAGUACGUUUACAAACCAGGUUGACCUCAGUCUGUCCUCGCUGACCUAACCAGUCAGGAGACUGGUUUUUAACUGGGUUCUUUCCAAACCAGUUGGCUCGAGACAGAGUGAAUGUGGACAUGUUGUCGGUCGGCAGCACUGCUCCUCCUGCCUCCAGCUGGCUGCGAGGGUGGAGAACCAGCCCCCAUCAGAAACCUGGCGUUAACUUACUGAGAUGAAACUGAAACGUGUCUGAGGGUUGAACUGAUGCGUUCAGGUGUCACACUGUCGUUAGACUUCUCUGACUGCAGCUAACAGAGCUCAUCCUCCCCCUGCAGGUGUUCACAUCAUGAAGUCGUCUUCAUCAUCAUCAUCAGUAAUGUCUACCUCUGUGACAACUACACAGGAAGCUCAGCUCCUCUUCUCUCCAUCGUCUCCUCCUCUUCAUCUGUCUUUGCAAAGUCCAGAGCUGCAAGCAGAGUUUCUACGAGAGUUUCAGAACAAACUUCUGUCUCACAGCGACUUCAGUGACUCCAGUGUCAUCUCCUCUGCCACCUCCCAGUCCUCCCCAUUCUCCCCCUCCUCUCCUGUCUCCUCCCCCAUCAGCCCCACCUUUUCCUCCCCUCCCUCAAGCUCCUCAUCAUCCUCGUCUUCUCCCUGCUAUGACAGCAGACAAGCUUAUCUGUCCCUGUCCUCCCCCGAGCUCCUCUCAGAGCUGAAGGAGUCCAAGACGCGGUCCCUCCGACAUGUACCCGCCCAUAACGGGAUGACCACUGUCUUCUCUGGACGAGGAAGACGAGGAGGAGGGCGGCAGGUCUCUGGCUCCUCCCCCUCCACACAGCUGGCCAAUCAGAAGACUUAACAUUCAGUUCAUGUGCGAUGCCUGAUCCUGUACCAGCCCACCGGAGCUCAGUCCAUCGUGGACCCUGCAGGUCUCUCACUGCUUCUGCCUUAGGAAUCGUUUUCUAUGUGGUUUCAACACUGACACUGAAACAGAAACAUUUGAAACCAGAAAUAAAAAGA